CCCCCUCGCCGCCUUUCUUCACAUCUUUUUCACCUCGCAAAAGGCAUGGGCGACAGACCCUACCUCUCCGCAAACCCGAACGCUAGUAGUGCUCGGACCCUCACCGGCGUCGGCGCCACCGUUGGCGGUGGCGCAGGUGGCCCCCUACCCUUCCCGGCCAACAAGGCUCGGCGGUACGGCGACACGCACCCCGCCUACUGUAAACACCUCCCCCCUCCCGCGGGCCCCCGCCGGCGCCGGCACGGCCGCGGGUGCUGCUGCGCUUGCUGCCUCUGGCUGACCCUCCUCCUGAUCUCCCUCGUCUUCCUCGCCGCCAUCGCCGCCGGCGUAUUCUACGUCAUCGACAACCCCCAGCGCCUCAGCUUCUCCGUCCACUCCGUCCGCCUCUCCGCCCUCAAUCUCACGUCCUCCGACCUCCUCACCUCGCAACUCGACAUCGCCGUCUCCGCCCGGAACCCCAACCGGAAUCUCGUCUUCCUCUACGACCACAUCUCCAUCUACGUCUACUCCGAUGGGGUCGAGAUCGGGAAAGGCUCGUUCCCGGCGUUCGUCCAGGGCACCGAGAACACCACCGUGCUCAAUGCCACGGUCUCGAGCUCGGGACGGAGCCUCGAUCCGGGCGAGGCGGCGGAUCUGAGGAAGAGGAACAAAUUCCCGCUGGAGAUCGAGCUGGAGACGAAGGCCGGGGUCAAGAUCGGGGGGUUCAAGUCGAAGCGAAUCGGGCUUACGGUGUCGUGUGACGGUAUCGAGGUCGGCGUCGCCAAGGGGAAGGCGGCAGCCACCGCCACUUCGCAGGCGAACGCCCGGUGUCAUGCGAAGCUUCGGAUCAAGUUCUGGAAGUGGACGUUCUAGGUAAAAUAAUUCAAUCAUCAAUUAAAACAGUUAAAAGGAAAAAAAAAA